AUGGAUUCGCUAAGGAAAGAUGUACAACAACUUGGCAAACAAACCUCCCAUAUGGAAUCCAAGAUGGAUGAAUUUGCCUCUGCUCACAAUGAUUUAGCCAUGCAUGUGGAACAAAUGGAGCAAAAGCUUACAGAUACGGACGUGAAACUUGCAGAUCUUGAAGACAGGGCGCGACGGAAUAACCUACGCUUAAGGGGAAUGCCAGAAACCACACUGCCUGAAAACUUACAGGCCUAUGUAAGAGGCCUUCUUCAAGCCUAUGCUCCAGAAAUACCAGCAGAUAUACUAAUCAUAGACAUUGACUCCCGCUCCCUUGAUUCUUAG